CGAUUCUUUUCUAGUUGCCUAAGGAAGACAUGAUUGGCACAUUUCCAUUGCCUUAUCCGUUUCCUAGUGAAAUUGAUUUCCUCAUUGGAAGGGACAGAUCACCAAUAACUAUGUAUUUAUUGCAUGAGGACCAUGGCUACCACAGGUUGAGUUUGUACUGCCCCUAUUGGAUGAUUAAUAAAACUGGACUGACACUUGAAUACAAGGACGACAAGUCUGGUAAAGUAUUUAAGCAUCAACCAGGAGACGAUUUCAUUAUGUUGUCAUGUGAAGAUAAGAAACACUGCAAGAUCAAUCUCUCCUCAUACACAACCAGAGGCAGCAAAACCGACUGGUCUAGUUCCAUUUCAUUGCAAGCAGUUGGUACCAGUGGACGCUACCACUCCAGACUACCUAACACUAGCAUUGUCAAUCAUUUUGGAGUGGCUGUUCAGCUCUCAAAAUUUACUCUCUCAAAACUAGUCAUAGUCACGCCUUAUUACCUUCUCUCAAACCACACCCAAACUGAUGUUACUGUUCACGAAGAAAGAGGCUCCGGAGAAGGGACUCUCGUUCCUAAGGGGCAGGUGGUUCCCUUUUGGCCGCUGGUGGAUUCAUCUCGUCUUUAUGUGACGGUCAGAAAGGAUUGUCGGAGCGUUUUAUUUAAUUACAAGAAAACUGACUCGGUCGUACUAAAACUGACAAAUAAACCUACUGUUCUUAUUGUCGACGUUCAGGAAACCGAGAGCUCUAAUAUUAUAAGUUUUUCGUCGUAUUAUGAAACUUGCACUCCAGUUCAGUUUAUUAACUUGCUGACUGAUGCAACAGUAGUGUUUAAACAAGAUAUCAAGUAAAUGCUCCACCCU